AUGGGCAAUCCGGACUUCAAUGGGGUCACAGGUCUCGAUUUUCACCGCCAUUCGCGUUUCGACCAAAGCUUCUCCAUGCGCGUCUUUUGGCUGCUCCUCUCACUUUCCGGUCCGUUUCUUUUAAAUCCAACCAAACCACGACCAGUUUCUUAAAAAAAACGAUGAAAAUUUGUUUUGAAGUUCGUCCUCUAAUGAACUAUUUUCCUGUACAGUUUGUUUUUUAAGGCUGAAAUUCGUCUAAAACAAAUCAUGUACAAAAUAAAUCCAAUAUUUCGAGGCUUUCCUUCAAAUCAAUCUUAGUUGCCCCAAAAAUUCACCGUAAAACUUCGAACUAGAAAUUUUGAACAUCACAAUAACUUUUUCAGCAGCGGUUUUAUGUGAAGAGUUGGUUCCCCAUGCUCACGCUCUGGGAAGGAAUCUUCGCGCAAGGCCUGAAAUAAGGAGGUUGAAUGUUCCAUAAGACAACUUCAAUCUGAUUUUUUCAAGAGCACCAGUCUCGCGGACGUCGUUUGCACCCUUGGCCAAAAGUCUCCGGAUGUCUUCCACAGGAGUUCGACGAGCGCCGCUCGCGGCCUCGGUCCAAGUUCGUCCUGCUGUCGUGGCCCGAGCGCCGUUGCCUCGCCAGCCACUGUCCAUCACCCAGAUGCAGAUGGCUCCACUGCCGAUUCCGCAGUUGAUUCCAGUGCCAGUGCCUAUUCUGCAGCUUCCGACGAUGUCGCCGAAAGACCUGGCAACGUUGCCAACGCUGCCGCCACAUACACUCCCGACAUUCACGCCGCUGCCAGGUCUGCCGACGAUGCCUGGACUCACGAUGCCGCCGUCCUUCCAACGACUUCUCGGCAUCACUACUUCCACGAUGGAGCCUCCGGAGCGUCGUCGAGCCGAGCCUGAAGACGUAGAGCCACGCUCUUUCAGGUGAUCACGGCUUUCGAGAAGAAAAAUACACCUAUUUUGUCGAACUGUUGAACAUUCAGACUGCCCAUCAUUAGAGUUGAAUGUAGCAGGUUGUGAAUCCUCCUUUCACUUUUGUGUUAAAAAAAAUUGGGUGUGUGUUCAGAGUUUGAGAACAUGACACCUUUUUAUAUUGCUUAUUAUUUCUCGUUGUUGGAUUCGAUCAAAACGAAAAUAUUUUGGGGCUCUUGGUUAGAAAACUCGAAGAUUUCGAACGAAUAAUCCGGUAACUUUCUCGAUAAUUCAAUUCACUGCGUUGCAGCGCCGAACGAAGCUCCUCGAAAGGCGGAAAAGAACUUUCUUCGGUACGAUCACGGCUUCCAAAGUUUGUGAAGAGCGACGAAGACGAAGUCCAGGAAGAAGAAAAGGCCGAUUGGGUCGUCCCUUUCCAUUGAUUCCGAGAGUUCUUUAUGCCUAAUAAUUAAUAAAUGUAUCAUAUGAACGAAUAAUAAAAACUGAAGCGUGAAACUUCUACCACUCGGAACGACUCAUUUCAAAAGAAAGUGACAGCGCUUUUUCAUAACAGCAUCGAAAAGGCUCGUUUUCCUCAUUAGAGAGAGGAUUUUUUUUGACCGUGUCAGGAGACAUUUUUGUUAUCUAGAUGGAUCGUAUGAGCAAGGGAAAGACGGAAGUCGUCUUCGACCACAAAAAUGUCGUCGUUGCCUGCGACAUCGUCGCCGGAAACGUUUGAUUUACAAAAUUCAGCAAAAAUAAGCAAGUAUAUCAUUAUAUUUUACUGGCUGAAGUCCUUUCUAGUAACUGUAAUUUUAUGGUAAUUCAUGUAUUUCUCUGAUGAAAAAAUGUAUGACACAUAAAAGGCUCAAAUAGGUUUUUUUUUAUUUACGUUGAAAAAGUGGACAGGAUUAGUUUCUCAGUUGAUAGUGAUAGCAUUGUAGUGUUUUUCUUUCUUGUUAAAAUGUUUUUUCGUGAACGGGGAGUGUAUUAUAUCAGACGAAACAGCUUUUUCCAGUACAAUGUUUACCACUCUUUUUGAGACGAUAACGUGUAGCCGAUUCACGAGCUUGGCACGCUAAGGGGGCGUUUGUCAUAAAGCUGAUAUCUGAAUUUCUAGCUAAUAGUUUGUCCGUCGGAUUAACAUUGCGCAAAAAAUCGCGAUAAGGAAAAAAACUGUAAAAGAAAUAAGCGGGGCCAGUGUUCAGGUGAAGCACGUGGAUUGCAGUAGUGAGCUUUUGGGUAUCGUUUUUGCCGGUGACACGAUCGUUUCUGUCAAUGGGGAUACGGUAGGACCGGAGAAUGAAAUUUAUUUCUUCUUCUCUUGCCUCAGAAUGUGAAGACGUCUAACGACUUCACCAGGGCGAUCAACGCAAAACUUCCCGGCAAACUACUAAUUGAGUAUCUUCGUGACGAAGACUGCACCGUCGAAUUGAAGGUGGAGCCAUUUGUUGAAGUCGUUCUAGCCUCCAAUUCCUAUGUUUAGCCUUUGAUUCCGCGGCGUCCGAGCUCCGAAAUGUUCGAGAUGCUACUCAAAUACCGCAGUGGUGGGGCCACUGGUAUUUUAAUCCACAGGGUGAGCAAAAUGUGCCUUUGUAUCUUUUUUCUUUCUUCGAACAAAGAUCCGAGAGCCUGCGUCGAAAGAUAAUGAUUAA